AUGACCUCGUCGUCAACACCCUCUCCUCAGCCACAUGUCCCUCCUGCGGGGGUUUGGUGUCCUGCCGUCACAUUUUUCAACCGUGCGAAAGACACCCUGAGUCUCUCCGCGCAGUCCCGAUAUUUUGAGUAUCUAUCAAAGACCGGACUUGCAGGACUAGUGAUUCUAGGUACCAACUCAGAGGCAUUUCUAUUGACACGGGAAGAACGCGCCGAACUUAUUGUCACUGCUCGUGCUGCCGUGGGACCUGAUUUCCCAUUGAUGGCCGGCGUGGGUGCCCACUCAACCAAGCAGACUCUGGAACUGGCUCGCGAUGCUGCUGAGGCAGGGGCAGACUAUCUUCUCGUUCUUCCUCCUGCGUACUUUGGCAAAGCCACCAGUAUGACCGUCGUCAAGCGCUUCUUUUCAGAAGUCGCAGCCAAGGCCCCGAUUCCGGUUGUGUUGUACAAUUUUCCCGGCGUGUGCAACGGAGUGGACAUCGACUCGGACACGAUUACGGCUAUUGUCCGAGAGUCGGCAGCCACCAACCCGAACGGUCGGUCGAAUGUGGUGGGUGUGAAGCUCACUUGUGGCUCAGUGGGCAAAAUCACCCGACUGGCGACCACCUUCAAACAGAACGAGUUUGCGAUCUUUGGCGGCCAGUCUGAUUUCCUCGUGGGUGGCCUUGCUGCUGGUAGCGCCGGCUGCAUUGCAGCUUUUGCCAACGUCUUUCCAAGGACGGUCUCACAUAUUUACACUCAGUACCAGCAAGGUCAUCUGGACGAGGCCUGGCGGGUUCAGGGUCAAGCGGCCCUGGCCGAAAGCGCGAUCAAGAGUGGAAUUGCCGCGACAAAGUAUGCAGUUGCUUACUGGACUGCUCCGGGGGCUGGAAUCGCAGAUGGCGAAGGGCUGCUUCACCCACGCCAUCCAUACGAGCCCGUGACAGAACCAGUCAAGGAGAUGAUUCGCACGACUAUGGCGACUGUUGCAGACACCGAAAGAGAGCUGCUAAGGAUCAGCGAAAGAAGUCCAAUCGAAAGAGAACCAUUCUGA